AGGAGGAAGAAUGGCCACGCGAAUAUGAAGUAGAGCGCUGCCUAUGCUGGCGGGUGUCGGCUGCACGGGGACGGGCUCUCUCCGCCGGCCAAUCCCAUUCCCGAGCGGGACACCAUGAAGCCCAGGAGGAGCUGCCCGGCGCGCCGGGGCCGCGGCGGCCGCUGCCCGCUCUGAAGCGCCAGUGUCCCCGGCGAGAUGAAAGAGGUGGUGCUGUGGUCACCCGAGGAGGUGGCCGGCUGGCUGACGGACAAUGCCGUGCCGGAGUACUGUGAGCCCCUGAGGAGCUUCACCGGGCGGGACCUCAUCAACCUGACCGAGGAGGAUUUCCAGAAAUCCCCCCUGUGCCGGGUGUCUUCCGACAGCGGCCAGCGGCUGCUCAACAUGAUCGAGGGGCUGAAGAUGGCUCACCACAUGGAGGCUCACAAGAACGGCCACGCCAACGGGCACGUCCGCGCYGGUGACGCCGCGCGCCACAAUGGCUUCGGCGCCGCGCUCCAGCUCAACGGGGUCCCCAACGGCUUCAAGAAGGAGAUGAUCAAGAUCCCGAUGCCGGAGCCGGAGCGCUCGCAGUAUCCCAUGGAGUGGGGCAAGACUUUCCUGGCUUUUAUUUAUGCACUUUUUUGUUUCGUCUUCACCACGGUGACUAUCUCGGUGGUUCAUGAACGAGUGCCUCCCAAGGAGGUGCAGCCUCCCCUCCCAGAUGCAUUUUUUGAUCGCUUUGAUCGGGUGCAAUGGGCUUUUUCUAUUUGUGAAAUCAACGGCAUGAUCCUUGUAGGACUGUGGUUUGUUCAGUGGCUGCUCUUGAAAUACAAUUCAGAGUGCUGCCUUUUGAACAGAAGGGAAAUCUCACCUGAGCACCAGCUACAAGAGGUGCAAAGCAUCAAAACACUUCUGUCUCGUUUCCAGCCUUCUUCCUGCUGGAAAUGUGCUGGGAAAAGCUGUGGGUUUAUUUAUCUGCUGAUUGAUCCCGUGGGUCAGAGCAGGAAGGGAGAGGAGCUGAAAGGGCAGGUUGCUGGUGGGAGCUGUUGCUGGGAGCUGUGGUGUUUGACUGUGUGCUGUGCUCUGCUCUCCCCACAGCUCUUUGGAGAUUGGGAGUCCCACUUGAGGAGGAUCAUGAAGCUGAUUGCUGGCGGGGGCCUGUCCAUCACGGGCUCUCACAACAUGUGCGGGGACUACCUGUACAGCGGCCACACGGUCAUCCUCACCCUCACCUACCUGUUCAUCAAAGAGUAUUCCCCACGGCGACUCUGGUGGUACCACUGGCUCUGCUGGGCGCUCAGCGUGGUGGGGAUGUUCUGCAUCCUCCUUGCUCAUGACCACUACACUGUGGACGUGGUGGUGGCUUACUACAUCACCACGAGGCUAUUCUGGUGGUACCACACAAUGGCCAACCAGCAAGUGCUAAAAGAAGCUUCCCAAACGAACCUCCUGGCAAGGGUGUGGUGGUACAAGCCCUUCCAGUACUUUGAGAAGAAUGUGCAAGGCAUCGUACCUCGCUCCUACCACUGGCCGCUGCGGUGUCCGGCGCUGGCGCGGGGCCGGCCGGUCAAGUACAGCCGCCUGCUGAGCGCCACGUAACGCCGUCCCGCGGUGCCACACCCGUCCCAAGUGCUCACAGCCGCAGACAAGAUGCCACCACGGAAACCCAGCGUUCCCAGCCCGUUCCUCAGCAUCUCCCUGCCCCUCCUGGGGGUGCCUGGUAAGCACUGUGAUCUUUUUUCCCUCUCCAAAGGAUGGGAUGAAGAGAGCCGCCCUUGUCACGCACUGUUACACAUUUCCUGUGGGUAGAGUCGGGAUCUGCAUCUCCCCAUCGCCGCCUUCCUUUGUAUACGACGCGACGACACAAACRAAAAAAGCUUUUAUAUCCUCAGUUCUGGUCUUUCCAGUCACGUCUGGGAACAAAGCAUAUUAUUUUCUUGGGAAAACAUAACUUUUCAUAUCUCUUGCCCCAAAGAUUGGGCUGUAAGCCAUUUUCUAGCAAAUGACUAUCUGAAGGUUUCUAAAUAACCUGCCUCGGGUGAAAUUGAGAAAUCUUUCUACCUGUCGCACCGCGCUACGAAUGAGAUGAUAGACACAGAAAGGUUUGGUAAAUCCUGAUUUUGUAGAAUCUGCAGUGACUGUGUCAAAAAGUGCAAAAAAACCACAAAAGAGAAAAAAAAAAAAAAAAAAAAAAAAAAUGUAAAGUGAUUUUCUAAGUAUUUCCUAACUUUAUUUUUCAAAA